AUGGUUGCUGAAGAAGCAUUGAAUGAAAGCAGGCGGGCAGGAGUCUUCACUCACAUUGAGGGCUCGCAUUUGAGUCUUCCUAAUGUCCAAGCGUCUGAUACCUCCACAAAGACCUUACCACAGCGCUUAGGUAAACCAGAGUUCCCUGACACAGGAUGGAAUCGUAUCAAAGAUCUUUUCUACAGGGGCGAGGGGCAGAUGUACUCAGAGGAGUUAAGGAACAUAGUGAAGAGUGGCAUUGCUGCAGCCAUGGUUGGGAUGGUCUAUGGAGGCAUACCAGGAGCAAGACAUGCCCGUGAGAGAUUCAUCCAGCUGAGCCAGGCUGAAAUUUACCUAAACAGAGUGGAUGCAGUGCGCUCAGCCCAUAAUGCAGCUAUUCGUGGGUUUGUGCGCUUUGGCUGGAGGUGGAGUUGGAGGGUAGCAGCUUUUGUGACCAUGUUUAACACUGUAAGUACUGGAUUGACAGUGUACAGAGACAAAAGUGCUCUGAGCCAUUUCGCUGUUGCAGGUGCUCUCACAGGAGGAGUGUUCCGGCUGAAUCUGGGACUUCGAGGGUUGCUGGCUGGUACAGCCAUAGGAGCUGUUCUGGGGCUGCCAGCUGGAGUUGUAAUCAUUGGUCUACAGAAGCUGGGGGGCGAGACCAUGCAUGACAAGAGGCAACGGCAAAGACGAGAGCUACAUGAACUGAGAGUUGCUGAAUGGAAUGCUCGUCUCAAGCUUACAGAUGAUCUUAUUGGAGAAAUGAAGUGUGAGAAACAUCAGGACACCGAUGAUGACGUUCAACGAAUAGAGGAGCUGCUCAAUCAACCUAGGAAUGAGAAAGGUGCAAAGAGCUCGGACAGCCAGUAACAUCAGAGACUUGAAAAUACAUUACCAAAUCUUGCUCAUUAUUCUGACUGUGAUCUUUCUUGGAUGUUCUAAAUUCCUGGUACCUGCUCCCAGUAUUUAUGUCAGUCACCAUCAUUAUCAAUGUGAUAGUUAUCUUCAAAUGUAAAUGCUAUUUAC